AUGAAUGCAAUUUGCUCGCAAGCCAUCUUCAUGGAGGUCUGUAUCGAUAUCAUGAAUUCGCAGUACACAGCAUUACAAUGCCCGUAUCUGAUGGAGUUGAAGUCUUGUCAGCCAGGACGGCCAGCUAUUCGCAUUGUUAACAACUUCGAAUUUGAAACGCUUAUUAUUCCUUGGCAAUUCAUAUUCCCAGUUGGAGAAUUGAUCAUCGAAAUCAGCGAUAACCCACGGCUGCCAAAUACUAUCAUCGAUAAGCUCAAAAUACUCUGUCCUGGUUGCAAAAUCACUGCUAAUCUCGGUUGCGGUCUCCAGAAGCGAACCUAUUCCGACAAUGAACUUGUUGACGCGUGCGCAGGAAAGUCGAUCAUAAAGCCAGCGCAAGGAUACAUUUUGACACUACACAGCCAUUCCGUGACCGAAGAGUACCAGCCAUCAAUGUCACCAGCAAUAGCAGAUUCCAAAACCUGCUUCAUUCCACCCAAUACAAUCUAUCCCGAGGGCAGUCUCAUUAUUGAAGUCAUUGAGAACCCAAUGAUUCCACUUACUGAAAUCAAAUCACUCAAAAAUUGGUGCAAACAGUGUAUCAUUCUUCCAGAUCGUCCACAAGGUUUAAAGAAAUGUGUAUUGGAAGAACGUGGAUACAAUGGUACGGAGUUGGUUAGCACCUGUGCCGGUAAAGAGCACAUCCAGCCGCACAAAGGUUUCCCUGUAUACGUAAGAUCCUCGGAAGUAACUGAGAAGCAGAUGAACGAUUUGUGCUCGAACGCCGUUUAUAUGGAGAUCUGCAUAUCGAUAGUCGCCUCAGAAUACACGAGACUACGCUGCCCUCGUCUACGAGAACUUCGGCCAUGUCUCCCAGGACGACCAGCUAUCCAGAUUAAGAACAACUUGAAGUUCAGAGAGUUCCUCAUUCCUGUCACAGUGAUCUACCCUCAACACGAGCUGAUCUACGAAAUUACGGAAAACCCCGUCCUGGACAUAACGAUCAUCACAUGGCUCAAGAAGAAGUGUGAACGCUGCCUGGUGACGGCCAAUCUCGGAUGUGAUCUGCAGAAGCGAACAUACAGUAAUAAGGAACUGGUCGCUGCUUGUGCAGGAAAGAAGAUCAUUCGUCCAGCUCAGGGGUACAUAAUAAAGCUCUACUCAUCAUCAACCACUGAACAAGAGAUGAAUGCACUCUGUUCGCAAGCCGUAUUCAUGGAAAUCUGUAUCGACAUCACAAACUCGCAAUACAGGACUUUACGCUGCCCCUAUUUGAAGGAACUGAGACCUUGCCUACCAGGAGGAACAGCUAUACGAAUUGUCGACAACUUCCUACUGGAGACGCUUAUUAUUCCUUGGCAAUUUAUCUACCCGAAAGGAGAUAAGAUCCUUGAAAUCAGCAACAAUCCACGACUUUCUAUUACAAUCAUCGAAAAACUCAAGAUACUUUGCCCAGGUUGCCUAAUCACUGCAAAUCUAGGUAACUAUUCACAUCUUCUUAUCACUUUAGUCUAA